UCUCGUUCGAGCGAGGGACGCAGCGCUGGGCGACGCGAACAUCCGGCCCCGCUCCUGUCGCGUCCCCGCGCCCCCAACCCGUGCGGCCCUGGGCGCACGUUCCCAGGGGCGCUGGGCCGGAGACACCGGGGUGCCCCUUCCUAGGACCCCGCGGGGCGCCGCGUUCAGACAAUGGGGCGGGAGGUGGAGGUGCUUUCGUGACUGCGCCCGGCGGCUGAAGAGGAAGAGGACGACGCGGUGCUGAGAGAUCCGGAGGCCGGGUCUCACGUCCCGGCGCUUCCAGGCCCGCGCGGAGCGGCGGCGGCGCGGGGACGCAGGGCCCUGGCGGGAGGCGCGGGGCCCGGAGCCGUACCCAGCGACCCCUCCGGGCUGGGAAUCCCGGCCUCGCGCUCAUUCGUCGCCGGCCUUCCCCCGCCGCCGCACCGCCCCCCGCCCGGGCACAUCCCCGCUGACUGCCCGCGCCCGGCCGCGCCGCAGCGCCCAAGUGUGCCAUCGGGCGGGCGCGGAGGCGGUGUCUGCUCCCACCCCCGAGAUCACAUGGUGACCCUCGGCAGCCAAUGCAGUGGACGCUAGGACCCUGCGGGACCCCGGGCGCCGCGACUGCACCGGCGCCGCUGCAUUAUAAAUACUUCUCCAAAAUGCGGCGCAGCUCCCAGCGCGCGCCCCGGCCGCCCGCCGCCUCCACCCCGCGCUCCUGAGCCGCCACCGCUGCCGUCGCCGCGGGUCCGAGGGCGCCGCGCCCUUGCCCUGGGCCGGGGCUGUGCCGGCCCGCAGCCCGGCCCACCUCCCCGCGCUGCGCCUCCCGGCCGGGUGCAUGCAUUGUGAGCCUCCCGACAUGGUCUGCGAGACGAAGAUCGUGGCCGCCGAGGACCAUGAGGCGCUACCGGGGGCCAAGAAGGACGCGCUGCUCGCCGCCGCCGGCGCCAUGUGGCCCCCGCUGCCCGCUGCGCCCCCACCCGAGCCCCAGCCCCUGGGCGGUGCGGAGGACGAGGGUCCGCCGGAGGGGCGCGGCGUGUACAUCCGCGAGUUCCGCCCGGCCGAGCAGGAGGCGGCGCGCCGCAUCUUCUACGACGGCAUCAUGGAGCGCAUCCCCAACACGGCCUUCCGCGGCUUGCGGCAACACCCGCGCACGCAGCUGCUCUACGCCCUGCUGGCCGUGCUCUGCUUCGCGCUCACCCGCUCGCUGCUGCUGACCGGCCUGGCGACCGCGGCGCUGCUGGGGCUGCGUUACUACUACAGCCGCAAGGUGGUCCUGGCCUACCUGGACUGCGCCCUGCACACCGACAUGGCUGACAUCGAGCAGUACUACAUGAAGCCCCCCGGCUCCUGCUUCUGGGUGGCGGUGCUGGACGGCAACGUGGUGGGCAUUGUGGCGGCGCGGGCCCACGAGGCGGACAACACCGUGGAGCUCCUGCGCAUGUCCGUGGACUCCCGCUUCCGCGGCAAGGGCAUUGCCAAGGCGCUGGGCCGCAAGGUGCUGGAGUUUGCCCUGGUGCACGACUACUCGGCGGUCGUGCUGGGCACCACCGCCGUCAAGGUGGCCGCCCACAAGCUCUACGAAUCGCUGGGCUUCAGACACGUGGGCUCCAGUGACCGCUACGUGCUGCCCGGCAUGACCCUCUCGCUGGCCGAGCGCCUCUUCUUCCAGGUCCGCUACCACCGCUACCGCCUGCAGCUGCGCGAGGAGUGACCGCCGCCCGCCGCCCGCCAGUCCGCCUGCGCCCGCCUGCCCCCCGCCCGGGCCGCUUUCAGACGCUCUUCUCGGCGCAUCUGCUGGGUUUUCCUGUUUUCAACAUCUUGUGGUUCUGGCUGGUUCUGGGGGUGGGGAGGGGCUGUCGCUCCUCUGUGACUCGGGGGGGGGGGGGUCCUCCGCCGCCAUGGCCCCUGCUCUCCCCAGCCUGCGGGCCACACCCUGAGGAGGGACAGCACCGGCCACCACCUGCCCACACAGGGGCCCGCUCUAGCUUCCGGGGCUCCCGGCCUUGCCUGCCAGAGCACAGAACCUCUGCAAGGGGGGCCUUGCCCAGUAGACCCCUGGCCACCAGCCAGGCUCUGGCUCAGCCAUCGCUCCCUAGGAGGCAUGGCCCGCCAGGCUGGCCAGCCACGGCCCCGAGGGCCCCUCCGCUCUGUGCAUGCUGAGCACGUGGCCUGGCUGCUGCAUGCCCGUGGCUCCUGCCCUGCUGCCCCACCCGCUGGGCCCCGACUGGAGAGCGCCCCUGCCCGGCCCUGAGCUGGCCCCCGCCUCCCCCCGCUCUCGGGAGGGCCAGUCCCAGCAGCCCCUUGCUACACCCAGUUCAGCUUUGCUUUGACACCCAGUCACCUUCUUUCCUUUCCGUCCCUACCUGUCCCCUGCCUGGGCUUUGCUGAUCAGAACCACCACCCUGGUGUGGUUCCCAUAGCAACCCGUUGCACAGCCUCGGUCCAGGCCCUUCAGGAGGGCGGGCGGGGCCUCUCCCCCAGCCUCAGCCAGACCCAGCGGCCUCUCCGCCAGCCCAGGACCUCCCUGCCUCUCAGCCCACGGGCUCUCUGCCCUGUGACUCACUAACUAACCGAGGCCACCGCCGUCACUGAACCCACAGCUUCUCCCGGCCUGGAACUGACCUAUUUUUUUAAUAAGUUAUUUAGACAGCAUAGCACUCUGCAUGUCUUUAAUUCUUGGGACAAAACGGUAGUUCACACCUUCACAUGUGCGCGCGCGCGCGCACACACACACACACUUGUGUGUGGUCUGGAAGAUGUGCUAUUUCUGGCCCAGUUUGGUGGGGGUGGGUGGCUGGGUGGGUGGAGGGUUUCAAAGUUUGGAAUCUGGAGGGAGAUCCUGAUCCAGCAUCGUUUUCCUGGUCUGUGGGAGGCUGUGGGUGGCCCCACUGGGCCCUGACCUGCCGCAGCCUCCGGAGGGGCCGGUGGCCUCGCCACGCACCUUGGCUGGGAGCUGGCUGUGUGCAGCCGGCUCUGGAGGUUGGAGGCCGGGGCUGUCAGGCGUGGGUGGUCUGGAUGGGGAUGGGCUGGUGGUGGUUGGCAGUGGCUGGACGCCGGCCAGAGACCCCUUUAUUUGGGGGCUUGGAGGAAGGGGGAGUGGCAGGUUGAAUGGGCCACUGAACCAGGGCCCACGUAUGGGACCACAGAGGGGACGUUCUUAAAAGGACCUUUGGAAACUAGCAAGUGAGCGAAACGCCCGUUCCGCAGCGCCUUCUGUGCUGUCCGCAACGAGAUAUUUGCAGAACCCUGUACAGACCCCGCUCCCCUGUACAUACCCCUGGUGGCGCCCGGGCCCCGCUCGGGGUGGGAGUUUUGUAGACUGUACAGAAAUCGGCACCCUAUUUUCUUGCAGUUCUCAGAUUUUGUUAACCUGGAUUAUACAGACAGACGUAAAGUGUUUUAGCAAAAUGGAAACAGUUGUGCCUUUUUCCUCUUUCUGUCCGGCUUGGUCUUGGCUUGGGGCAGCCUCAGUCGCCUUGGGAUCUUGGGGGCGGGAGGGCGAGUGGUGUCCUCCGGUCAGCGCAGUGGCUCACACUGGGAUAGCACGGGGAUGCCACCAGCUUCCUCUGAGCCUGUGCCUUUGGAGCCUCUGGUCCCUGAGGUGGGGCAGGCGGCCAGGGCAGAGCCUGCGCUCUGGGGCUGCCAGCGUCUAGUUGGUGCUGACCAAGGCGCCCUGCAGGCAUUGCUCCUGGACAGCAAUGCGGCCACUUCUUGUUCUGCAGGCACCUGAGAGGGACGUGGGGGGGCUGCUGUGUCCCCCCAUCAGACAGCAUAGAGAGGGAGGUUGCUGCCUAGACUUGACCUUUCCUUACUGCCCUUUGUCGCUGCUGGGACUCAGGAGAGAAGUUGGGCGGCUGUGGCAGGGUGGUCACGUGUCUGGAGCCUCAUGCCCGGCUGCUGAGGGGCAGGGGCGUGCUCUGCGCUCUGGGCCUUGCCCCAGCCGUGUGCAGCUCCGCAGACCCUGAAGUCCCCCCGGAGCAGAUCCCCUGUCCUCCCGUCCCCCCAGCUGGGGCCUGGGCACCCUGGCUGGCCGCUGCCCGCUGGCCUGGGCACUGGCUGCCCCAGAAACGUGUGCUGUGAUGUGGAUCCUGCGUGUUCUCUCUGUGAAGCAUCUGCUGGGGCCCCUCCUCCCUGCUGGUUCCUGGCCCACC